CAUUGUUAUAUAAGCAGACAGUGCGAUGUUCAGGCUCACUGGGAGGGAACUGCCGGCAGCUGAUGAUCCGGUGACACUGACUCAGGAUGGAGCUCCUGCUCCUGUCCCCCCAGCCGGCCCCCGGGUACCUGCAGUUCCUAGCGGGGCUGCUGUCCACCCGUGGGGCCCCCGGGUACUUGCUGCUCCUGGCCGGGCUCCUGUGCCCCAUGCCGGUCCUCUCUCACCCGCAGUGCCUGGAUUUCAAGCCCCCGUUCCGCCCGGUCCAGGAGCUCACUUUCUGCGUUCAGUACAAGGACUUCGGCUGCUGCGACUCAGCCCGAGACUCCGAGCUCAUGAGCGCCUUCUACCGGGUGCUGGGAAACCUCGACCGAGCAGGCUAUGAGCGCUGUGCUGCCCAUGUGCAGGACAUUCUGUGCCAGGUGAGUGGGCAGUGCCCAGGGGGCCAGGGAAAUCACUGAGGGGCAUGGCAACCAGAACCAUGGGGACCAGGGAAACCACUGAGGGACUGGCAACUAGAACCAUGGGCAUGGCAACUAGAACCAUGGGGACCAGGGAAACCACUGAGGGACUGGCAACUAGAACCAUGGGCAUGGCAACUAGAACCAUGGGGACCAGGGAAACAACUGAGGGACAUGGCAACUAGAACCAUGGGCAUGGCAACUAGAACCAUGGGGACCAGGGAAACCACUGAGGGACAUGGCAACUAGAACCAUGGGCAUGGCAACCAGAACCAUGGGGACCAGGGAAACCACAUGGCAACUAGCAUGGGCAUGGCCAGAACCAUGGGGACCAGGGAAACCACUGAGGGACUGGCAACUAGAACCAUGGGCAUGGCAACUAGAACCAUGGGGACCAGGGAAACAACUGAGGGACAUGGCAACUAGAACCAUGGGCAUGGCAACUAGAACCAUGGGGACCAGGGAAACCACUGAGGGACAUGGCAACUAGAACCAUGGGCAUGGCAACCAGAACCAUGGGGACCAGGGAAACCACUGAGGGACUGGCAACUAGAACCAUGGGCAUGGCAACUAGAACCAUGGGGACCAGGGAAACAACUGAGGGACAUGGCAACUAGAACCAUGGGCAUGGCAACUAGAACCAUGGGGACCAGGUAAACCACUGAGGGACAUGGCAACUAGAACCAUGGGCAUGGCAACCAGAACCAUGGGGACCAGGGAAACCACUGAGGGACAUGGCAACUAGAACCAUGGGCAUGGCAACCAGAACCAUGGGGUCCAGGGAAACCACUGAGGGACAUGGCAACUAGAACCAUGGGCAUGGCAACUAGAACCAUGGGGACCAGGGAAACCACUGAGGGACAUGGCAACCAGAACCAUGGGGACCAUGGAAACCACUGAGGAACAUGGCAACCAGAACCAUGGGGACCUGGGAAACCACUGAGGUACAUGGCAACUAGAACCAUGGGGACCAGGGAAACCACUGAGGGACAUGGAAACCAGAACCAUGGUGACCAGGCUAACCACUGAGGGACAUGGCAGCUAGAACUCAUGGGGACCAGGGAAACUACUGAUGGGCAUGUCAACCAGAACCAUGGACAUGACAACCAACACUCUGGGGACCAAUGGGCAGCACCAAGUGGACCUGUGAAAAACACCCAGGGGACCAGUGGGACAUGGCAAACAGCAGCAAGGGGACCAGUGGGACAUGGCAAACAGCACCCAGGGGACAAGUAGGGCAUGGCAAACAGCACCCAGGGGACCAGUGGGGCAUGACAAACAGCACCCAGGGGACAAGUAGGGCAUGGCAAACAGCACCCAGGGGACCAGUAGGGCAUGACAAACAGCACCCAGGGGACAAGUAGGGCAUGGCAAACAGCACCCAGGAGACCAGUAGGGCAUGACAAACAGCACCCAGGGGACCAGUGGGGCAUGGCAAACAGCACCCAUUGGGACCAGUGGAGAUCACCUUGGGGAAUGUUACACAGCUCUCAGGGUAUUAGUAGAUAAAACCUAGAAGCAUGGUAAACAUCAGCCAAGAGACUUGUGGUUAGCACACAGUGCAUGGUAAACAGAACCCAAGGGACCAAUGGGUAGCACUCAGUGCAUAGUAUACAGCACCCAGGAGACCAGUGAAAAAUACUCAAAGGCAUGGAAAAGAGCACCUAGGGGGACCAGUGGGCACCAAGAUAUAUAGCAAAUUUCACCAAGGGGGCCAGUGAAACACACUCAGUGGCAUGGAAAACAGUACCCAGGGGACUAGUGGGCAGCACCCUGCACAUGUCCAUUAGAACUCAGGGUACAUGGGCAAAAUACUUGAACAUUAAAAACAGCAUCUAUGGGAUCAGUGUGCACCAUCCAGGGAGACAGAUGGAUAAGAUUUAGGUGAUUAGUGGACAGAUUAUAGAGGACCAGUCGAAAGGGUCUAAAGGAUCAGUUGGCAGACCCAAAGUGACUGUCCCUAUCCACAGUGUUUGCCAGACCUUUAUUUUUUAAUGCCAUUUAUGAUUUCUGAAUUCUAACUGUAGGACUUGUGGAGCUUGCUGUCAGAAUAUGACUCAUUCUCAAAAUGAACACAUGCACAAUCAUUUGGUUAGUUCGUCAAUGCCAACUGUGAGACCCAGGUUUGAAUCCAGACCACCUCCCCAGUGGGCAAGACACCUAAUGAUAUAUUUCUUCCUACGUUGAGUCCUCACAGUUUGCAAACUUGUUUGAGCAGGGCUUUUAUCACUCCUAAAUAUUCCCUUUGUAUAAUUGUAAAGUUCUGCCCAAUGUAUUAGCAGAAUAACAAUGUUAAUAAUUGUGCCAGUCUCAAAAUUUUUAUUCUGUUUACCCUGUGAUCAUGGCAUGUUUAAAAAUGUUAGCGCAUGUUUUACUGGUUUUUAUGGCAUCUUCUUAAUACUGUUACUAUUUGGGGCUAGGUGGCCUAAUUGAGGGGGGCAACAUCUCAAACUAAAAUCUACAACACUAGAGAUCUAUGACUAGUCUAUGACUUCCUAGGGCAAAGCUUCCAAUACUAAAGUGGUUUCAUACUGGGAUGCCUUAGUUCAAAUUUUCAGAUGAUAUUUUUUUUAAUUGCAAGUUGGUGGUCAUAGGUCACAUCUGGUCCAUAAAACUUCUCACUGGCAAAACAAUUUGUGUAUUUGAUUUUUCCCCCCUGUGUUUCCCUCCUAGGAGUGUUCUCCUUACGCUGCACAUCUCUUUGAUGCAGAGGACCCCUCUACUCCAGUUCGAACGAUUGCUGGCCUCUGUAUGGAUUACUGUGUGGAUGUCUGGCAGAAGUGCAGGUCUAUUUUUCAAUACAUGACGUCAGACAAGGAAUUAUUAGCACUGGAAAGCAACAUGGCGAAAUUCUGCCGCCAGCUGGCUCUCGAUGACUCAGACUACUGUUUCCCUCACUUGUUGGUCAACACAAACCUUAACAAAAAUCUGGGACGGGUCAUAGCUGACUCAGAGGGCUGUCUACAGCUAUGCCUCGAGGAAGUAGCUAAUAGUCUUCGGAAUCCAGUUGCCAUGGUACACGCCAAUGAUGGAACACACAGAUUUUUUGUAGCAGAACAAGUGGGUUUAGUUUGGACCUAUCUCCCUGACAAAUCUAGACUGGAAAAGCCCUUUUUAAACAUCUCCAAAGCCGUGCUUACCUCACCUUGGGAAGGAGAUGAGCGAGGAUUCCUUGGAAUUGUUUUCCACCCAAACUUUAAACAUAAUGGCAAAGUCUAUGUUUACUAUUCAGUGGAAAUUGGCUUUGAUGAAAUUAUCCGAAUCAGCGAGUUCAGAGUUUCCUCACAUGACAUGAAUACAGUAGACCACAGCUCAGAAAGGUAGUAGUGCCAAAAUACUUCUCAUCUCUGCCAAGCAACUCCAUAAAAUAUUAACAAGGCCCUGGUACUUUGGGCAUGAAGCCACUUGUCACAGGAAAAACAAAAGCCUUCUUUGAAAACAAACUGAUAUUGACUGUUUUUUUUUUUCCUGUUUCCAACUCUUAUUUGGAAAUGGAGUCAGAUAUUCGGCUGUUACUGCUUGGAUUUGCUAUUUGUGGAGUUGCACAUAUGUGUCAAAAUUCAACAAAUGGUGCCAUGAUUUCACAAUCCUUUUAAUGAGUCACUGGCAGUAUAUUUGGUCUCAACAACAAAGAGACUAAAUUGGAAUUGAGGAGUCUUUUUUUUUUUUUUUUUGCAGUUCGCAACUAUUGAUCGUUGCAUCACAAACCUCUCGAAAAUCCACAAAUGAAAUAAAUAAAAAAAUAAACCAGCCUUAGUUUACAGCGUUACUCCAUCCAAAAACAGUGUUUUAAACAAACGCUGUUUUUGGAUGGAGCAUGCAUUUCUAGCACGCCUCAACUCCUUUAAAAACAAACAAAAAAACUAACAGAGAUAGAAAAAUAAAAUUACAUUAGGUCUCAUGUCAAGGCCACGUUCUUCCUGCAGCCCAAUUUUCUCCAGUGAUAUCACUCCCUUUUACUGCAGUUGUAAGGGUGUCCCAGAAGAUGGGUUGAGGAAGCUAUGCCACCUCAGCAGCAUUGAGGGGGCUAUGCCACCAAUGAUCAUCUGUUGCAGCAUGCCUUGCUUGCCGAUGAUGGACACAAACUAUGAUUUAACAUUAGCCAGUCCAGAACUCUUGUUCUGGGCUGUAAAUGACACCGCUGCAGGUGCUAUAUCUACGUAUUUGUAGCUUUUCAUAAUGAAACAUUACACAGAGACUUAACGCACAAGCCAAGCUAGCUGAAUUGGGUAAAAAGUUGUUAAAUUGGAGAAUUUUUCCAGUUUUGGCCUUGGUUUUUCAAUUUCCUUGCAAAUUCACCACAAUUCACAGUUUCAGGGAGAAUUAUCAGGAAGUAAAAUAGAUCUCAAAUUUAAGGUCAAAAGAGCCAAAUUUGAAUGCCUUUUCCAAAAUGGACAUCUCAAUGCAGUGCCCUUCCUGGGUGACCAAUGUACAGUCCUGGUGAAUAGCUUUUGCAUGGGGAAAAAUGCCAUACUUGCUUGCCUAGUUUCUUGUCUCUGGUGUGUCCCCAUAAAUGGGUAAAUCUCCGCUCAGGUCUCAAAAUGGUUUUUGCUCACUUGUGCCAUUACAGAGUGGACCUAUACCAUUUGCAGACUGAUCCCACCUGCAAGGGCCGUCCAGAUUUAAAAUACCAGCUGGAGAACUCACUGGACACCUACUGAAGGGCGAGAUAUUUGAGCAUUUGUCCAUUCUCAGUAUUCUCUUGCACACUGUUUUUUUUGCUCUCCAUAAGGUAAACGCAUAAUCCAGACGUAGACCCCUAGUUCAAUGUGUAGACUAUUCCUCGCUGAUGAGGCCUAACAAGGCUAAAACAAUUGUCUGGGAUUACUGUAUCUCUCUACAGCAAUUCGGUUCUGAACUGUCCUUAUGGGUGGGAUCAGUCUGAUAUGCUAAUAGACUAGGUUCUCUUUGUAAUGGCACAAGAUGAGCUAAAACCAGCUUGAAAACCGAGUGGGGAUUCACUGAAAGGCAAGCUAGUUGAGUUCUCUUAUACCUGAGCUCGCUGUUGGGCAGGCAAGACAAAUGCUUGGUGCGAUCAUUGGCCAAAAUAUAUGCUCCUGGUGUCAUUAACCUCUUCACUAUCAAGACAUAUGCAAAAAUGAUUACCAGAAGGACUUCGUAUACAAUGGUUUGAGAUGUAUAGAUGCAUACACCUGUUUCUUGAGUGCUUGAGUAUACACAUUAUUUGGAGUGAAUGGGUUAAUCUAAUUAUAUAUGUUCCAGUAUUUGUAAUUUCAUUUUUGUUGAAUUACUUAUUUUACUUUUCUAUUUCUCUAAUUAAGGAUAAUUCUGGAAGUCGAAGAACCGGCCUCCAAUCACAACGGCGGAGAACUGCUUUUUGGGUUUGACGGCUAUCUCUAUAUAUUUAUCGGUGACGGAGGAAUGGCUGGAGACCCCUUUGGGAAGUUUGGAAAUGCUCAAAACAAGUAAGGACUCAUUCAGCCUUAUGUAUGAAUGAGCAGGUCCCUGCUUGCUACAUUUAAAUCAAUACUUGUCAUAUAUUGAAACUACACUUUUCAUGUGUUAGCCCUCUGGGCACCAGAGUUAAAAGAAUCUCAUUGAAUCCUUUUACAAAUUAAUAUUUUUAUAACCCCUUGUUACUCAGAUGCUUAACUUAAACAUAAUGUUAACAUAAACUUUAUUGUGCAACGUUACUUUUCUUCGGACAUUGCCAUAAAGUCACCUUAAAUUCCAAAACAUUGCAGAUGUAGAUCUUUUGCUGAAACAUUAGGUGCAUAUGGAGUUAUGGAGUUAACAAAAACAUUGAUUAAAGGAUAAAUGUCAACCCAGGAUUUCGAAUAUAUUUUCUUAUCCCCUAUAGUAAACAAAUAUCUAUUUGUUGGGUCUGAAAGAUGAAAAUUAAGUGUAAAAAUCCACACCUCAGUUUUGACCUUUGUGGUUAAACUAUAGUCACAAAAGAUUAUAAAGAAUAGGUUAGUCUAGAACACAAGUAUAUAUAGAUCUCAAUCUUCAAACACAAGUAUAUAUCCACAGCUAAAGGAUUGUGAUUGUCAAUUUGUAUAUUUUUUUCUAUAUAUGGGGAACACAGUAAACAAUCCGAAAAGGUUUACCUAUUUGCUGCUAUCACCCUGAUCCUUUGUUGCUCAUUCAGAGGGUAUCAAUCACAGAUGAUGAAAACAGCAGAGGGCAGUGCUACAAGAUGCAAAGUGCACAGAAGUGCUAUUUAAAUUUAUUGAAGGACAUAAAGAAAAAUACAGAUGUUUUGGGUUUUCCCUUUUUCAACGCAUAUUGUAAUUAAAUUAAUAAAAGUCUACAGUACAUGCAGAAAUUGAAAGGAUUCCUCCCACCGUAUCGCCACCCCAAAUUGAAAGUAUAAAAUGAUGCUCCAGUGCAUCCAGACACCAUGCCUCGGGUGUCCUCAGCCCUCGGGAGGAGUCUCACGAGACUUUUUUACUUCAUAUGCAAAGUGCAUAAUGUUGUCAGUUCAUAACAACUGUUGCCCAGAUACAGAUAAACAUACACUUGUAUCAAUACAAUAGCAGGCUGCCAAGCAAGUAAAAGAAGAUUCAGAAGUCUAAAAAUUAAGAAUCGCUAAGGAAAAUAUAUUUCGACUAAAGCUGUGAAGCACAAAUACUUUUCCAAUCCCUGCUAUAAAUCGGCACACAAACAAGGUACAGGAACACUUUAGUGUUAGGAAUUCAAACACUCAGACGUCAGCACAAGGGGGAACCUAAUGUACAUAUGCAAAGAGUGCCAAAGCGCGCAUUAGGCCUUCCCCAUAGGAAAGCAUUGAAUCAAUGCUUUCCUAUGUGGAUUUGCAAGACACUGGACUGCUACCUGCUGUUUCAACGAGUUUAACUCCGUGAAACAACGUGGGAGGUUAUCACGUUUGCAUGAGAACAUAUAGCGUAUUCUAAAUCUCUAAUAGGAAAGCAUUGAUUUAGUGUUUUAUUAUGGGGUAGGCCUAAUGUGUGCCUGUAUAUUCAGACGAAAUGAAAGUUUUGGUGGUGCCCAAGGCUAACUUGCACAAAGAGCAUACGUGGAAUUAAGACUCUGUCGCAUGCUUGAGCAGGAGAAGACAGUGACAUUACGCCACUACCAGUACUUAGAAGAUGGCAGCACGUGAAUAAGAAUCCGGUGCCGCAAUGAUUAGCAUAGUCAUAGGUAAAAGGAUGGGAUUCUGGAGCAAAGAUUUAUGGGAAGAGUAAAGUUAAGAGUUUAAAAGUAAGGGGGACGGUAAAAAUAAAAAGGUUUGUGCGACAGAACAGUUCUAGUGGUAUUAGCAUUAUGGUUGCAGUUACUGUGGUCUGUAUCGGGGGAAUUUGAUCAACUAAAUUAAGUGAAUUCAAUUGCAAUUUGACUGUUUGUGAACAGCCAGCCAAAAAGGGCAAAUCUAUUUAGAGAUUUGCCCUGAGUUUUAAUCAGCUAAUCAAAUGACAGCUGAAGAAUGGUAGAGCACGUUCUGUUGAGAUAAUGAAACUAAAUGGACUAAACGUGGUUGAAACAGACAAAUGUUGGCAAAUGAAUGGCAUUGCUGCUGUUUGAUCCUAGUGUAUUGAUCUCACUCUGCCCUGUUUAUCCUGAUUGUCCUUUCAGUAGGCUGUCAAAACCAAAUAUAAAAGUAUAUAGCUAAAACAGAGCAGUAGGGGCUAGGUGUUCUAGAGGCUGUAGAAAACAAUCUAACGCAUGGCAUGGUCCCAUGCCCAAAACAGUUCCAGAAAAUCAGGGCUUGUGGUCGGUCUAGUACGGUUGUUUAAAAACGAACAAACUAUUGAACAGAGUCAAUAGUCUUACCCUGGAGCUCGAUCCCCUUGUUCGUGGGAAUGUUUCCAUUGAACAGCGCUUUUCCAAGUAUUGUGGAACCGACCACAGGCGAUGCUGUAAGUCCAGCGGUGUUUCUGAGUUUCUGUGUCUGUUUUCAGUUCCCACGAGAUUAAUGCCCAAACACCGCAGACUGCGUUCAUGUGAACAAGAUGACCACCACCUCGUGGUCGUCCAUAGGAAUUGAGGCCAUGCAGACGCAUACUUAGAACACUUCGGUGGAUAUUGCUACAAAGUAGCAAUUAGGCUUAACAAGCUCCAGGGUGGUCUCCGGUUUUUGCGGCUGUUCGGUUCCCGAACCAAAUAUAAAAUCCCACGAACCAAGUCUGUUCACAUACUUUUUUUUAAAAGGCCCUUAGUCUUUUGGUAAGAGGCUGGCCAGCAGGCCCUUCCAAGAACACGUGACGAGGCUCAGUUCGUCACAAUUAGAAAUUUCAAUUUUAAUAUUCUUAUAUAUUAAAUUGUUCAGAGAUCCAGCCCUAUACCCUGACCAUAAUCAAGGUUAACAAACACUGAGAGGAUGAAAUACAGAAAAACAAGUGAUUAUAAAACUGAAAAAAAGUGACUGAAAAAUUGUGCAUUUUGGGUUGAGGAAUUCACAAGCAACUUAUAUCUAAAUGGUACUGAGUUAGGGAAAACAAAUGCGAAGGAAUUGCUGGGAAUGGUUAUAGAUAACAGUCCAGAUCAGGGAUCAGCAACCUAUGGCACAUGUACUUUGCAUGACACUCAAGGCUUUCGGAGAAAAAGAGGCUCUGGCCUGUCAGGAGUCCCAGUGGGACUUCAGAUAUUUGCUAGUGCAACCUGAGCUGUGAUUGCAGGUGGUGAGGGAUAAUUCUUAAUUUAACAUUGCAACACUGCCUCACUUGUGAACGGGAAUCUGCAUUUGUACAGAGCAGUCUGCAGCAGCUAUUGCGGCUCCUGGCCUUGACCUGUACCUGGCCAGCCCGGUCUCCACUGAAACCCAGGGAACACAAUACGACAAACCUCUCCCGAACAUAUACAAUAAGAACAGGCCGCAUUCACACAAACAACGAGAUGCAUAAAUGUCCAGAGGAUAGAGAAUCCAAUGGGCGCAAAAAGGUUCCAUGAAAAAUAUAGAACUGGUAUAAUAUAGAAAUAUAAAUACAUUUUAUUAGAUAUUCAGAGACAGGACAUAUAAAAUAUUGCAUAAACCUAUAAAAAGAGACACAAAAAUAAAAAAGAAAGUCUCUACAUGGUCUUUGGGGGGUGUGGGGGACUCUAUAGUAGACUGGAUGGGGUGUUGGCUGGGGAUAAUGAGAAAGGGAGUUAGGGCACAGUAAAGUUUGUAUAUGACCUACAGUGAGCUUGCUGUGGCUAUACUAAACGGCACCAAAAAAAAAGGAAAAAAAGCCCUGUAUAUAAGUAUCACUGUUAUGCAUAAAGUCAGUUGAAUCAAAUGUAACCAGUGUAACGGUGUGUCAAUACCAACUGAUACCUGGACAAAUGUUACAGAGAUUGAGUUACUAUACCCAUUACAGUGAACCUCUUGUGGCUAUGAUAAACAGCAAAUAGGCAAUAAAAAGCCCUAUAGAUCCUCGUCACUAUUAUGGGUACAUGGUAUAAAAUCAAGAAUGUCCGGUGUAACCGUGUCACAACACCAACUGCUACCUGAAGAGACAGAGAUUGGGUUUAGGAUGGCACUUUAAAAAGAAAAAGAAAGCAGAAGCCUUCUACAGACUAGCUAAAUCAAAAGUCCAACUCAGUCGCUAACUGAGAAAAAAAAUAAAAAAAAAUAAUUGGUCUAAGUAGAGAAGGCUAAAUGCUGCCAAACACCCAACCUAUGGUUGCUGCAAGGUACACCCUCUAACUCCCCCAAUCCAACAGCUGAGGUUCCCUCCAAUUGCGUCCACACAACUAGUGGUCUAGAGUUCUUAAUAUUUCCCCCAUAGAAACUGCUUAGCUAAAUCGUCCAUGGCAUUUAAGGAGAGCCACUCACCGGGUCUCCUUAUAUCAGACUGAGAUAGCCGGUCAUAUGAUGGCCGCAACCAAUUGCGGUUCUAUGGGGCGUGUAAUGGGUAUGCCAAUACGACACUAACAUGAAUUGAAUCCCGCCCCCAACGGUGCCUCCCCUUUAUCGACACUCACGCCCACCUUCAUACUGCAUUGACGCGAGGAGGAUGGGAGGAGUCUUGACCAGUGGAUUCACACGUACAGUAAAAGGGGAGGGGGGAGAAGGGGGAGAGGAACAACCCCAAAAGGACAACCCUUCAUGAAUUGGGGGACCUAGAUAAUUAUAAACAUAGUAGUAGUGGUAAUGUGGAAUUUGUGUACAGUGGCGCUUACAGAGAUAAUUGAAAACGUAAAAAUAGUCCUCUCAAAACCUGGCACAUACAGAAUCAAUUGGAUAAGUAUACUGAGUGGUGUGCAAAACCAAUCCCAGUGGAAGGUGGAGUGCUCAGAAGGUUGGAAAUAACUUACCCCCCUUGGAACUCUUGGUAACCUAAGGGGGGGAUAGAGAAUAAUAGUGUGGAAUGUAUAAGAACAAUGCGAGUGAAAUAACUCAAUAGUUCUGAGCCUAGCCUGGACAGGCUCACAUGGUUCUGAGCCUAGACAGCACAGGCUCAGAUUACUCUGUUGCUUAUAUUCUCCCUCUGGAAAAGUGACAAAUGCCAGUAUGUAGUGUAAUAAGUCUAAAGUACCAAUAUAUGUAGGUGAAUAAAUAAAACUGCUCACCUUACAUAGAGCCUUGAACUCGGCUCUAAGUUAAACAGCACGUGUGUCAAUAAGAGGACACAUACCCUUCUUUGAAUGCAACAGGAACUCUGGAUGCUGAAUACUGGAUGCCACAGGAGAAGGUUUAGUAAAAAAUGAAAUGUAUUAGAUAAAAAUACAAAAUAUAGAACAACAAACAAUAAAGGUCCAAAUAAAAAUGUGGGUGGUCCCGAGAAGUGUUUCGCCUUGGUGGCUUUUUCAAUCGGUAUCUGUGUCUGAGUUCCUGGUCUUCUUUUGAAUGGUGUCGGUGGAUGUCAUUGGUAGAUUGGUUGUCGCCCUCCUGAUUGAUCGCUUAUUUAGUUCCGGUUUCAUCAACCGGAAGUGACGUAGCGCUGUUAUACGUCCUUACAUCCGGGCGAGUCCACUGACGCCAUUUUACUUAAUGGCAAAAAGUCUAUAUGUACAGAGAUAAGCUCCAAUAGAGAUACGGAGCAAAUAAGUAAGGGCAAAAUGGAAAAAGAAGGAAAGUUAGGUGUCGAUAGUGCAGUUGAGACACAUAUACAAUGUCACAGUUAAAAGAAAGUGUCGCUAAAACAUCGCUUUUUUAGAGAGAACUAGCAGCCUUUUCCUAUGUGCAACUGACAGAUUUGUUUCAUGCAAAUAGUAUAAUAAGGUGCAAAAAGUGUCAGCAGUUAUAUAUAAAGAAGUAAAUAGAGAUCUUACAUUAUGCAGCAAUGACAGUAAUAAAAAACAUAAUAAAAUCACUAAUUACAUAUAUAUACCUCAAAAGAUGUAUACAAAUCUGUUGGAAACACUGCUUGACUCCCUACUUUGCACAUGCAGAGCUGUAAUUUCAAAAUAUGUCCUGUCCAGUUACUAUUGCCAUUAUAUCUUGCAACAACCCCUUUAAGACGUUAGCCAAAUCACAAUUUGUAAUUUAAACAAAUAUUAAAACCUAGUGCUCUAUAGCAUUUUUUUGUAAUCGUUUUUCCUUUUUGUGACAUUUCCACUUGUUUUUUAAAAAUUCAUUUUAUUAAAUUUGACAAAACAAAAUAGAGCAUGUAGGUUCACCACAAGGGAUCCUACAAUGCUUCCUGGAGAUAUAGAUAGUAGUAUUGCUAAAUAUAAAUAUACUAUGUAACUAUGUAACCUGUAGCGAAGUUAAUGUCCUGAGAUUUUGCAGUACAGUAUUAAAAGAAAACAUGAAUAAAAUAAAAUACAAUACAAUAACCACCUUGUAUGGUAAACCUCCUAUCUUGAAAUAAAUAUUGUACAAACUCUCACAAGGCUGGCAUCAAAAUAAAAAUGAGCUUUAUUAAAUGUGGCUCUAUAUAUAAACACAAGUCAGCCCCUGUGAGAACAAUUGAUUGCUGCAAGGAAAGAGAGGCUAUGUGGUCAGUCAUUAUACAUAGCACCAAAUGGACCUUCCAGUCAAGAUAAUGUCAACCUGUAUGAGGCAUAAAGGGCUAUUUAGAUGAAAAUAGUAUAUAUGCAAUACCUCUAAUUUCACUAUAAUAUAGUAAGAAAAAGGAUUGGUAUCCAAAUAUACUUAUCUGAAAGUAUUUAGAUGAACCCUGUUGGGUGGCCAAGUGACCAAAUAGCUAUAUACAAUAUAGCUGAUAAGAAAAAGAUGAAAAAUGCUAUUACCAGUAAAAGACUGGCAAAAAGUUAAACUGUCAAAGCCUCUCUCCCUGUUAAGCUCGCUAGACAGAUAUAGGAGGAAAGAUCAAAAGUAAAAAUCAAAGUAAGUGAACCAUCAAAGCAACAUGCUAACCAUUAGUGAAAAAUAAAGUGCCCAGUGAUAAAACAAAAAGCAAGAAUACCCGACACGCGUUUCGGUGCAGAACUACAUGCACCUUUGUCAGGGUCCCAAUACAAGGUGGUUAUUGUAUUGUAUUUUAUUAUUUUUGCUUUUAAUACUGUACUGCAGAAUCUCAGAGGACAUUUACUUCACUACAUGUUAAUUACUUUAUAUUUAUAUUUAGCAAUACUGCUAUCCAUAUCUCCAGGAAGCAUUGUAGGUUCCCUUGUGGUGAACCUGCACGCUCUAUUUUGUUUUGUCUUUCUUGAUUAUCUAGGGUUAUGCCCUGAGGAUCCCUUGAAUCUCUCUUUGGUUCCUAGGAGCAUUGGGAACACUCUGACACAUUUCUCUUAGGGUUGUGUUUAAAGUUGUUUCCCUCUGGUAUCCUAUCUCUAUACUUUUUGAUUUUAUAAAAUUUGCUUAUUUAUUAUUUAUUUAUAGCAUAAGGCUGUUGUUUUUUCUGUUUUUACUUGAUCCAUUCCUCUCUUCCAGGUCCACGCUCUUAGGCAAAGUAUUGCGGAUCAAUGUAAAUCACAAUGACCAUGGUCCGCUAUACAAGAUCCCAUCAGACAACCCAUUUAUAAAUGACCCGUCGGCUCGUCCAGAAGUCUAUGCUUAUGGGGUGAGGAACAUGUGGCGCUGUUCUUUUGAUAGGGGAGAUUCGCUCACUAAAGAAGGGAAAGGUCGUCUCUUCUGCGGAGAUGUAGGGCAGAAUAAAUACGAAGAAGUUGAUAUUGUAGAGAAAGGGAAGAAUUACGGCUGGAGAGCGAGGGAAGGAUUCAGCUGCUACGAUAAAAAACUCUGCGCAAAUUCCUCACUAGGUAAUGACAACACAUAUAAUUCUUUUAAAUUCAGAGAGACCCAUUUCAGUCCUUUUGUUGCUACCAAGAUACAGUAUGUACAAAAACAGAUAUUCACAAACGUGUAAAUUGGUAUAAAUUCCUAGUUCAUUUUAGUAGGCCAAAACAACCGAAUGAAAGCAAUGCUGAUCUGUAUAUUUUAUUUUUCAUAUUCAUUAUUUUGGUAUAAAAUUGGAAACUUAGAGAAAAACUGGCUGUGCAUCCAGUCCCAUUAAUCCUAAAAGUGUCACUAAGAUGGAGAAAAUGAUUGAGGUUAUUUACUAAACUGAAAAUGAUGGAGACUCAACAGGAUAAUUAAAUGUUUUGCUCAAAAUAGCCAAGUUGGCAAACUAGCUUUACUGAAGUAUUUUGGCUUAAAACACUGUUUUCUUGAUUUCAUUUAAAAUUACCGGUAAUAACUAAUCAUGAAAAUUAGAUUUCUGUCUGCUCUCCUUACAUUAGUUUGUUUUCAUUCUGUGGCAGAGAUUAUUCCAAUUUUUUCAUAUUGUAGCAGAGACUGGGCUAACUAGACAUUAAAUUGCUUGCAGUACACACGGUUUGUACAGAUUUUCAUACCUGGGAAAAGGGGGAUGUAAACACAAGCAUUCUUAAACAUUCGUAAACAAAACCAAAUUAAACAAGCUAGAAUUUAGUGCAAGUUGUUAAAAAAAAAUACUGCUAAAAUAUUUUGGAGUGUUUAGAGGUAAUAUCUGUGUUUAAGACUUGUUACACAUCCCAAGAAGACUUGUUCCAAAACUAGUCUAGUCCCAUAUAUAGUUUUGAGAUCAAAGGGUUAAUAGUGGGAUUUUCUCUAAACUGGCUUAUUAUAGGUAAGUUAAAGUGAUCUCCCAGAUAUGGCCACAAUAUCCUACAUUUUUAGAUAUAAGAGAUGACACCAUUCCUGGGGCUCGUGGAGGAGCUUGGAGGUCAGCCUCCUCCCCACGGAUUAUGGACCAUGACCCAGAGCCCUCCCCAAAGGCUAUGUGGAACUGUGUAUGGCUGAGAUUGGGUACCAUCUGGGGAUAUACAAUGUUUGGGGGUUUCCCUUGGGAAGGGGAACAUUUGUGGUUCGGAAUUCCUGGCGCCCUUGUCUGGAAAGAAAGAAUUGUAUAUAACGCAAUUAACCAACGGAUAAUAUCAUUAGCCUGGGCUGAACUAAUUAACUGUGACCAACCCAGACUUGAUGGUGCAGGAGAGGGAACUUAUUCUGCUAAUAACCCCCUGUAUUUAACCCUGUAUAAAUAUCUGUGUGUUGUGUUAAUAAACCAGUACUUGUUUUAUCCACACAAAUGUUUAGCUAGUGCAUAGGAAAGGGCUAUUUUCACAAUGAUGAUUAGUCAUGAUCUGGGACAUAGACAGAUACAGACAGAGACACAGUUGAGCAUAGAUAAAUGUUUCUAGACAGAUGGGUAUAGAUAGACAGAUAUCUGUAUUUAACAUUACUUACAGUUUUAAAGACGUUUAAUUGCACAAUUCCACCUACAUGUGUCUGCUACUAUUUAAGUCUCUUUUCACUCAGUAACAUUCCCCAGUAUAUGCCUCUGUUUCUUCCAAAUUACCUUUUUUAUUUUAUGUCUACAUAUGUUAUUAUAUAAAGGAGAGAGAGAGAGAGAGAGUGGUUAAGCAGUUAUGUUAUGUUAUCUAUCACUAGAAAAUUGUAUAGAAGAAAUAUCUUGCCACGUACCUUCCUAUUUGUUGCAAUCUUUCAAUUUUUUUUAGUGCAGUUAGCCUGUAAUGGUCAGAUUACUGCUGUUUCUGUACCAUGGAACCAAUUUAAAACAUAGAUGCAGAUCAGGAGGGUAGGUCGGAAGAUAUCAGAGAGUUAUUCUACAAGCCUGUUGUUUUCCAUGCAUUUUUUUUUCUCCAUUCCAUCAACAUCUGUUGAAUAUUUAAGAUAACCCCACUGAGUUGCUUUAUUUAUUAUUCAUUUGAAACAUAAAAGAAACGCUUGGCAAGUCAGGAAGGAAGAAGCGUUUUUUGGCAAGCUACCUUGUACAGCACCUGGGUGUAUAACGUAGCACAUUUUAUGCAAGCCUUGUUUUCACUGUCUUACUUUGCCUAAAUCAGAGGACCACCUGCUCUUUCUAUCUGACCUUCAGAGGUCCUAAAGAUGUUGGACACAAGGUCUGGCUUUUUUGGGAUCUAAAUAUAUGCAUUAUAUGCGCACAUUUAUUUUGAGACUAAUGCAGAUCGUGCCACUCUGGUUCUAAUAAUUAUUCAUAAACAGAAUAACCAGUUUAACCAUAAAUUAUAUAGCCAUUCAUAAUACUCAACUAACUAAGCAUUGAGUAUUUGAAUGAGCCCUACUGGAACUUGAAGUUGCAAUUUGCACAGAAUUUAAAGACAAUAUUAUUGGCGCAUUAACCACUGAACUAUCUUGACAGAUAUGUUUUUGAUGUUAUGUGAAAGAAUAUUUAUUUUGUUUUCAGAUGAUGUGCUUCCCAUUUUUGCCUAUCCUCACAAGCUGGGAAAAUCUGUCACAGGAGGUUAUAUUUACAGGGGCUGCGAAUAUCCCAACUUGAAUGGUCUUUAUAUCUUUGGAGAUUUUAUGAGUGGGUAAGUAUUUUAUUAUGAUUUUUUUCCAAUAUCCAAUUUAAAGUGAGUUUUGUAAAACUAAAUAUUCACUUUUUUUACAUUUUAUUCUGUAAAAAAAAUGGUAAGUAACAAAAAAAUAUGUAUACAAAAAUUUAAAACAUGGUAUGCUCAUUAAAAUAGCAGGCAGAUCAUGCAAUAUAUAGUGAAUACAUAAUGGUAAACCAUGUAUUAUGGGAAUGGGUAAAUAAUAUCAACAAUGAGUGCUGCACAAUACAGCUCUUAUCAUGCUUAGCCAUACGCUGAAACACUUACUCCCUAGUUUGUCGCCAUUUACAGCUGUGUGUGUGUGUGUGUGUGCACGCUAUGAGGUGUUAUGAAAUGCAACUCUCACCAGAGAUACGCAUAUCUUUCACAAACUUCCUCUUUCACUCACACAUUCUGCAUGGAAUUAUCUGGUGGUGAAUUAUUUAAUAAGUAUAUAUAUGAUAAUAUUAAAGGUAAGGCAAGGCAGAUACGAAUUGGAAAGACAGAGAUAGUUCUAAAUCCUUUCUCUCUAACACGCCCAUAUUCCAAAUGCGUGCAUCCCACCCAAAGCUGGAUUCCAUUGUUUUUGUAUGGAAGUAAUCGCAAUACUUUGUGAAUAUUGUGUAUACCACUGACAGGUCCACCUUUAAUGUAAAAUCAAAAACAUAACAGGUUUUCCAACUGGCUCCCCUUUGUAGUGAGAAUAUGGAACAUGUUAACAGGAUCACAUGCCAUGGCAAUGGAAUAAAGAUGUUGCACAUUUACUGCAACCGUUAUGCAACGAGUGGCUGACAAAUCUUCAUGUGACCAAAAUGUAUAUAUAUUUAUUUAUUUGAGCUUGUGCUUGAGUGCUAGUUGACUACUGGCUGAAGAGGUCUGGUCAACAAGGUCUUAUGGAUCUUCUCGAUGAAGUGCCAUGCCCCCUUCUUUUUAACCCUGCAGAUAAAAACAGUGUUAUUUAGUGGAUACUGAAAUGUUUAUUUUUCAGGGUUAACUUACCUCUAGUGGCUGUUCUCUAGCUAUAACCAAGUCAAAGGGACACUAUAGUAUCCAGAACAACUACAACUUAUUGUAUUUGUUCUGGGGAGUAGAAUCAGUCACUUCAGGCUUUUUGCAGUAAACACUGUCUUUUCAGAGAAAAUGCAGUGUUUAUAUUACAGCCUAGGGCAGAGGUAGGCAACCUAUGGCACGUGUGCCAUGCAUGGCACUCGAGGUGCUUUUGCAUGGCACUCAAGGCUGCUAGAGCCAAACAGGCUCUGGCCUAUCAGGAGUCCCAGUGAAACUUCAGAUAUCUGCUAAUAUGAAAAGGUGGUAAAGGACAAUCCUCAAUUUAUGCAUUGCAGUACGUAGAAGAAGUGAUCUCAGAACAUUCCUCCCAGUACUUGUGAAUGGGAAUCCACACUGUAGUAGAGCAGCCCUCGGCAGCUAUCGCAGCUCCUGCCCUUGACAUGUACCUGGCCAGCCUGGUCCCCACUUGAACACAGGGAAGCCACCCACACUGCUAGAUAUACACAUAGCUGCAGAAUAACCCUCUAUGAGGUGAGGCGAAUUGGCCAGGGCUGUGUUUGACUUGUGCUGGCUCUGCACCUGAUCUGCCUCCUUGACAGGCUCAGCAAAUCCUAUGUGGAAGAAUUAUGAUUGGCUCAGACCACCACUUCUGAUGAUGUCAUCAGAAAACAGGCAGAUCAGGGGCAGAGGCAUAGGAUUGGCUGAGACUGUCAAGGAGGCAGAUCAGGUGCAGAGCCAGCACAAGUCAAACACAGCCCUGGCCAAUCCGCCUCACCUCUUAGAGAUGAAUUCAGAGAUGAAUUCAAGAUGCAGUCUUGAAUACAAGUAAGAUUUUACUAUAUUUAGGGAGGCAAGGGGAGUUCAGGGGAGCUAACUGGUGGUUUUAACACUGUAGGGUCAGGAAUACAUGUUUGUGUUUCUGACCCUAUACUGUUCCUUUAAAAUCUGCUAUUUAAUCAGAUGGUCUCAUAGUGUCUCACGUGAGGCAGAAGCCUAUAGGAAUGCACUUAUUGCAUGCUUUCCUGUGGGGACUCUUGAAUGUGUGCACAGCUCAAGCCGCGCAUGCGCAUCAGGUCUCCCAAAGCUCCUCUAUUAGGAACAUUGGAUUGGACCAUCACUGAGGAGGCCUCCACCAUGACAUCGCUGGAGGCAGAGAGAUGAGCAUUGCCAAUGGAGUCUCAUUGCUGGAUAGAAGGCAAGUAAUACUUUUAUUUCACUAAUCUCAUGGCACACCUUGGGGGACACCUACAUAGGACUAGGAAUAGGGGCACUAUAGCAGGUUUGUACUCCUAAGGCUACAUUGUUCCUUUAAUAUUUCUAGUUUUACUCAUUAAACAAACCACAAUUAAAAGUAUGUUUUGGUGAUGUUCACUCCUGUUGAGAAUAUCCACAGCCUUUCUACAAGAGUCUGAUAAAUAUGGUCAUGUCUAAAAAUUAAAAAGCUUUUUGGAGGGCAUGUUUCUGUUAUACAGGGAUAUACGGUUUUAAUUUUGUCAAAUAGCCCAGAGGGAGCUAUUUUUGGUUUUCAUCCAUAAAUAUCCCUAAACUUGCAAUGAAAUAUUUUUUUUCUUCUACUGGCUAUGAAAAUAGUCAAAAGGUGGAGAAAUGUAUACUAUACCUUCUAAACAAGUGACUCUUUCUGGAUGGAUAUUUUAAAUAUUGUAAAUCAAGAGAGCAAAUGGUGUAUUUUUUUUUCUCAAAAUCUUUGUUGAACUUUUUUUUUCGAGGGCGGGAGAUGAGGUAAUUAUUAUUGAGACAAAUGUAUUGAGAGAGGAAGAAUGACAGUAUGGAAAAUAUGACAAUUAAUUAUCUCUUUUAAUUUAUAUAUGUCUUUAUUCUCUUUUUUUGUUUCAAUGUAAGCAUUGGAAAAUCAAAUAAAGGAAAAAAUACAAAAUUUCGAUUAAAAUAGUUUCACUUCGGAAAAAAAAUAGAAUUUAAAUUUUUUCUAAUUUGCCUAUUUUGAUAUAAUCUUGGCAAAUUCCAUUGACGAUUCUUGUGAAAUUAAAAUUUAGCUGAUUUAAUUGCUAGCUUAUUUAACAUUUUGGAUUUAAUUCACUAAUAUUCAGAGUUUAGUGACUAAUCUAAAUAAAUGUUAUCCUAUUUUAUUUUUUGUUUAAUAGGCGUCUAAUGACACUAAAAGAAAACCGUGACACGGGGGAGUGGCAGUACCACGAAAUUUGCAUGGGAACAGGGCAGACGUGUGUGUUUCCUGGGCUAAUUAAUAAUUACUAUCAGUACAUUAUAUCCUUCGCUGAAGACGAAGCAGGUAAGUAAUAUACAUUGACAUUUUGUUACCUGAAAUAGCAGUAAUUACCUAAACAGUAAUUUAUUUAGUGUGAAUCACAGGGUUGUGUAAUUACUAAAGUGGCAAAAACCUGAUUAUAUUAUCAAUGACUUAAAAAUGAUAAAAUAUAUAUGUAUGUAUGUGUAUAGACCUAAAUUCACAUAGCCAUAUAUGUGGUAGGAAACUUACUAACUUUGAGGCAUCUAUGUCAAAUCAGCCCUGGUCACAGGGCCUUCGUUCCAAUUUUGACACGUCCGCAGUAGCCAUGCUUCCGAACUUCUCAUGCUAAUAUUGAUAUAACAGCGUCACCUCUGUAACCAUGGUUACCUCCGUUUGGAUGCAGGGGUGUGUGGCUAUGGGAACAAAAACAAAAGUGAGUUAACUUCUAAAUGGCAGGGAAUUGAGCAGUGAGACUUUAGACAAACUGCUUCAUUAAGUUUUUUUGGUGACUAUAGUGUCCCUUUAAGCCCUACUUCAUUAAGAUCUGGUAAUACACCUAUCUAUCCUUUCUCUCUGUGCCUUUGGUAGUAUUGCUGAUUUUUAUCUUGCUGAGGAUCCUCUCGUAUCCUAACAGUAUGUGUGUAAAUCUAUCCAUCCAGUGAGAUGCUUAAAGCGAUACACACCACAAAAGAAUAUCAAUAAAAAGCAGGAACGCUGCAUCCUACGAUUAAAGCCCAUGUCCUAAAACAGUAACAGUUAAAAAAAAGUAUAGAUCAAAGUAGCUGAUAUUUAAAAUAUACCAGAGAAUGUUAGAUCUAAAGUGCAAAAUUUAUUUAUUAUUUAUAAAAUAUUUUACCAGGAUCAUACAUAUAAAUAAAACAUUGUAGAACAGUACUUAUGUACAAAUGUGGUUAAAUUUAUAUUGAAUACAUAUCUAGAUUAAAUGUUUAAAGGACCACUCCACACUUCCAAAAAAAACCUCUACAGUUUAGUAGAUAUACCCCCAAUGAAUACACACAUGUAUAUUUGUAUGUAUGUAUUCAUUGUAUUCAGUCUAAAAGAGCUUUCAAAAGCUGCAGUUCUUAUGACUGCAGCCUUUGUAAGCCCCUCCCCUUUCAGUUUCUUCACUGGGAAAUAACCAACCAGAGGUUUCUGAUUGAGAAACCUCUGACUUGGUCCCCACGUUCAUGAGUGCACCAGCUUGUGCAUGUGCGCACAUCAUUGUGUGCGCGUGUGCCGCCUCGUACAACUGCGUGCACGUCAGGAGCUGAGGAGAUGUUCUGAGCUCUUUGAGGCAGGGGGACGCAGGCACGCUCAAGUAGAGCAUGCCUACCACUUUCUUUUGCUAACGGAAGUAGGAAGGAAUCCUCCCUGGCUGUUUGAUUGACAGCCAGGGUCGAGUUCCCUAGUUAAUUUAUAAAAGUGCUGAUUUGUCAUAGAAAUCAGCACUUUUAUAAACUGGGGUUAAACAAGAGUACUCUUCACCCAUACAGCACUUCAGCAAGCUUUUGGAGUGUGGCGUGGUCCUUUAAUAAAUGUUGCAGUUCAGCAAUAUAAAAAAAGACUUUAACAGAGGAACUGUGUAGGUACCCAGACAACUUAAUUUCAUUGAUGUUCCCUUAACCUUGCAAUGUAAAACUGCAAUGUUUAUAUUGCAGGAUUAAGUCUACCUCUAGUGGCUGUCUUCCAGACAGCAAAUAGAGGCGUGUCCUACUACCUAAUGGAGUGUAACUCCAAAAACAGUGUUGGGGGGGGCGGGGCCGGGCCGCCAAGCUGCAUGGCAGCAGAGCAACGAGGCUCCAGGGCCAAGCUCCUAAAAACAGCACAAAAUUCAGCUAUAAUCCGCCCCAAAGCGAGAUUGCUCACCAGGAUGCCAAGGGGAUCUACCCCGACUUUCAUCCGAUACCAAACUACAGCUAAAAAUAUGCCGAGAGCACCCGGUCGGACGAACCCGGCCUACGUGGCAUUUUAAAGCCUGAACAUAGGCAGCAGCUUACGGCAGACAGAUACCUAACAGCACGUAGGGAGGAACAAGCAUGCCGGUUCCAGGAACAUUGAUGGGGACCCACAAGGGCGAGAGACGCGGCCCGCUCCGCCCCCCCCCCCGGCCGGUGGGGGUGAUCCCGGCCACAUGGAGGCUGCACGCCCCGGGCUGGACACAGCCACCUAGGGAACAUGCUGAACUCCUAUACAGGCAAAGGCUGCCUAAACGUAGCCGCCUGACAACUGCACUCAAAAAAAGGGACACAUACCAUGGAGCACCAGAAGGGACCAACAUGGGCGGCUCACACGGGCCCUGGCAGGGCCGGGCGCCGGACAGAUCCACCAGGCCGUGACCUCGACCACGGGAGAGGUGUGUACCUGGGCAUAUGGGUCAGGGGUCCCCGGAAAGCCCAGUCCCUGGCGCUGUGAGCCCGGUGGGGCAGGAUUGUGCCGCCCCCUCGACGGACCGGUGGUCGUGAGGGGCGGUCACCGGCUCCAAGUAUGCGGCCGGCGACGGGUGAGACGCAGGAACACACUCCUCAAGGGACCCAAACGGUGCCGGGGAGGUGCAGGGAGUGGACGGCCGGAGGACUUUUGUGGUGGGGCCCAACGGACAGUAUAAACUCCCGAGUGCCCACGGAACUGUGGGGACCAGACCGGUGAGCGGUGAUCGGCAUGGGGGUGAGGGAAGGUGACCGGACACCCCAGGGGCAGUGUGGAAGCAGCACCAUGAGAGAUUCCCUCCAGAUAGACACCGAAACUGUGCAGGACGGUACAAUUAGAUGAGCAACUGACCGAGCAGCAAGGGCAUGCUGCUAUGUUCUUAAUUGCUACCAUAUGUUUUCCAUGUUUCAGUAUUGCCUAUGUAUCUACCUAAUUAUUGCAUUGUAUAUGUUAGCUAAACAUUGUAUUGCUACCAUAUGCGGACCGCAAAAUAAGAUGCAGAGAAUGAUCUCUCCUAGCAAAUGUUAAAACAAAUAUGCAAAAUGAUAUUUGCUGAAUCUUAGUUAUAUUACCUGUGUUCACGUAAUUUAACCUUUAUGCCCUACUAGGCUAUGACCGUUCUUACCCGAUAUAAAACGCACUCGGCAGCACAUGCCUAUGUCGCAAACUUAUUUUAGUUAUGUGACCAGUGGCCGCGUAAUUUAACCUUUUUUGCCUUACUGGGCUAUGACUGUUCUUAUUCGAUAUAAAACGCACUCUAUGACACAUGCCCAUGUCGAUGCUACUUGCGACCACGUACUAUAGCCUUUUUGCCCUACUAGGCCUUGACUGUUCUUAUUCGAUAUAAAACGCACUAUGCGGCACAUGCAUAUGUCGCAAACUUAUUUUAGUUAUGUUACUAGAGGUCACGUAAUUUAACCCUUUUUUUUUUUUUUUAUCUUGUUGUUUGUUUAUGCAUCCCUCUACCAGUAUCGCAUCAAUAGCUAAGGCAUACAUCAGCACUUGUAUUAUAGGAUGGUCAUUUCUUUUAACACUGCAUUAGUUUGCCUAUAUACUUCAUUACAUGUAUUGCAUGAUCAGCUACAGUUUACCUCAGAUUGACGCAUUAUAGGAUGUUGUUACCUUUUAUGCUGUAAUGCUUAGAAAUGUAUUCCUGCAAAGUUCAAGUACGCCUAUAUGCUCUGAUCAUUACGCCUCUGCGCAGGCGAUAAUCUGCAUCUAUUCCUAUGUGCUAACAUUUAAGCCUCUACGUAGGCGACCGUUCACCUUAAUGAAUGCUAUAACUUACUGCUUAAGCCCCUGCGUGGGCAACCUCUGGCUUUAUUACGAACCAGUUCGCAAUAUGCACUUAUAUUGUGAAAACAAUAAAAAUAUUUAAAACAAAAACAGUGUUGGGCAUCCUCGUGAGGACAUCUAAUGUCUUCAAAUUCCCAACAGAAAACAUUGUUUCAAUGCUUUCUUAUGAAGAAGCUUUAACGUGCACAGCACUUGCAGCGCCUUUGCAUUAGGUACCUUCAUCCCCGUCACUUAGAGUACCCUGGAGCUGUUCUCCGGGUUCAUAUCAAAGUGUUAAGGAAAAAUUUUUAAUAAAUUGAGACACUUCAUGCUAAGCUGAGACUUGACAAAGAUCACAUUGUAAAACCGAAAUGUCAUGUUAUGUUCCAUUACAAGCCUGCUAUCACUUUUAAACUUAAAUUGCCUGGACUCGGUGACAGGAGUGGUCUUUAGCCCUCCCAGAGUAUUUAGUCAAAUCACUCGAGAACAGUUUGACAAGUUACCUGCAGUCUGUUAGGCUCCAGCUGGAAGCUCCUGAACUGAGCUUAACCUGGAAGUAUGAGUCCUUCAUUUCCUGAGAGCACUCAGCUGCCACUCUCAACCAGUCAACUGGUCAUUCACAUCAAAGUUUAAUCAUGGGAAGGGCGCUAAGCACCUAGUGGAUCCCAGGUAAGUUGUCAAACCAUUCAAUUUGACUACUUAUCCUGGGAGAGUGCCAGGGCACUUCUUGCAGCUUCACCAUUGCACUGUGCUGUAAUGUGUAUGGUACUCAGAGUUUUCCUUCAACACUGAAGCAGUUAAAAGGUCUGAAAUUGAUUCCAAAUGUGGAAUUUUCAUUUGGAAGCUGUUGUGAAAUCAGUACAAGUAAAACAGGCCAGGAUUACACUGAAAAAAACAACAAAUCCAUCAGACUGAUAGCAGAAACAUUAGGAGAACAACAAUUUGGAAGAUUCUAGAAGGAACACAUUGGUGAGUGCCUGGACACAAAAGACCUGGAUGACAUCAGAAGACAAAUGUAGAUAGAUGAUCACAAAAGCCUUGGUGGAAAAAAAUCCUUCACAAAAUCAAGUGACGAAUACUCUCCAGGAGGUAUGGAUAUCAUUGCCAAAGUUUAGAAUGGAAAAAAAAAAGCUACAUGAAAGUUUACUGUUUGUCACAAGGUGCAAUCCACUGAUAGGCCCCAAUAACAGGAAGGCCAGAUUAGACUUAACCUGAAAACAUUUAAAAAGAGCCCACCCAUACAAAAUCAACCAGGACCAGAAAAAUGUGGAGAGAAUAUUAUAAAGAACGUAAAGAACAGCUCUGAAUCCAAAGCAUGCAACAUCAUCUAUGAAACAUUGUAUAGACCGUGUUCUGGCAUGGGCAGUGUUCUGACUUACCAAUGUUUUGAGCACAUUUUGCACCUGAUCUAUUGUUUUAGUCAUUGCAUCCAAAUGAUGGGAUGGGUGUCAAACAAGUAUGAGAUGGUUCAUAUAGAAAAUAUGUUGAGUAUUUUGGUGGGUGCACAUUUACAGUUUAUUAAAAACCAAGAUAGGGGGCGCACUCUCAACACAUAAAACAAUCUGUGAAAAAAGAGUGAAUAAAACAUAUCCACAAUACUUAUUCAUUCUUGAUCCUUUGGUAUAUAUGGCGGAAUCCUAUGAUAAACCUAUUAAUAUAAAACACUGUCCAUACAUACUGUAAAUACUGGUAUAUGAAUUAGAGCAGGUAACAAUUAGCUACUCACAGUAUUCAGAACCACAAAUAGAAGUCUCUGACUCUAUAAGCUUUUAGCUAUGACUCUGCUGAGUUUUCUAUCUGGUCCACUCUCCCAUCAUGCAGGAUUUAAAAAGAUUCCAGGUAUGGAGGUGAUAAAGUGGUUUAAUAAAAUAAAAAAGUGAAAAUAUUUGUAUAAGCAUUACAACAGAUAAAGACAAAUAAAAAAUCAAAUUAAAUGUCCACCACACAUGGAGCACAACACGUAUCGACCUGCCUGGGCUUCAUCAAGGUGCGUUUACAAUUGCAAAGUUACCCAGGACAAGCAAUUAGUCACUAUCUUGUUAUGGUUAGUAAACCUACUUACCUGUUGGAGAAAUAGAAACAAUUUGAUCAACUCCUCAGAAAAAUACAUUUAACAUACAUAUUGCUUCAAGGUCCUAUAAAAAAAAAAUAAAAAAAUUUUUUUCCCCCGCUUUCAUUUAAAUACAUUUCUAAUUUUUUUUUUUUUUUUUGCAAAUAAUAAAAUUACAUUUUGAAUAUUUUUGUAGAAAUUGUAACCCUGCAAGAGCUGGUAGCCAGGGUUGGACACCACUGAAAAAAAUAAGUCAAACUUGAAAUAUCAGUUAGUUAUAAGUAUAAGCUGGAGAAGAUUGGGUAUAUUGAAGUCACAAUUCAAAUAGAAUUUCAAAGUAAAGGCCAGAGUAGCCAAAUUGAAAACCUAACUGACUUGAUUUUUUUUCCAGUUUGGCUAUUAUAACCUUAUGUUUUUUAAUUCACUUUUAAUUCUCACUUUAGUAAAUAAACGUGUUAGUGUAGUUAAUAUUGUAAAGCAAAUUCUUAGUGGAAUGAGCAUUUCCUUUGGUAGUCAGCUUUGAAGCGAAGGUCUCUUACUGAAUUCAUUUGUUCUGUUAGAAAUUCAUGAUGGCUUGCCCCCACUCUCUCUCCUGUUGACACGUGAAUUUAGUUUUGUAAGAUAUUGAGUGACAGACAAUACCGGUGAGAGAUCUGGCUGUUGUUUAUAGUUUCUGCAUGGCUUGUUUACGUCAAGCUUUUCAAGCUUCUACUGAAGAGACAAGAUCCCCAGACGGUGCAGUGGAGUUUAAAGAAUGCUGUUAUUAUUGUCGCCUUUUAAAGAGCAUUGCUGAAAAUGCUGAUGCUUAGACGGAAGAUGUUUAACAGGAUGAAUGAAGGAAAAACCUAUUACCCUUUCCAUGUCCCAAAAGUGCAAGGUAUUCUUAAAAUAGAUCAGUCAGAGUCUCAAUUCUGCUCCCAUUUUGUACACCAGGACAAGCAAUAUAUGUAUUAUGGAUUGUAUAAUAAUGUAAUAUUUCACAGUUUUCAAACUGCAUUCCGCCUUUUCUCUUUUCAUGUGGUUUCUUACUGACCCAUUCUUCAAAUGUUAGAGUAGCCAUUUGCUCACAACAUUGUACAAUACCUUUUAUACACUAACCAUUUGUUAAAGUGACACUAUAACAUUAUAAAUACAAACGUAUUCCUAAUGCUAUAGUUUUCUUCUCACUAUUUAGAUGUUUUGACUUGCUUAUGACUAGGGACUGGUUACUCUGCUGUCGCCCUACUUGCUCGGCUGCGAUCAUCAGUCCUGACAAUCUCAACCAAUCCAAUGCUUCCUUGUAGUGAAGCAUUGGGAGGCUAGUGAGUAUGCGUGGCAAAAUGCCAAUCAUAUGUUCUAUGUGAGCAGACCUUGUUGAAUAACCGGCGGACUUAAUUAUUCAACAAAAGCAAGCACCUCUAGGGGCUGUCAUGAAGACAGCCACUAAAGGUGUGUUAGCCAUGCAAUGAAAACCUUGCUGCACCUACAAAACAGCCAGACUACAUUUCAUUGAGAGAUAUACAGGUCCUUUAACUUGGGGUUAAACAAGGGUAGUCCUCACCCAUACAGCACUUCAGCAAGCUUUUGGAGUGUGGUGUGGUCCUUUAAUAAAUGUUGCAGUUCAGCAAUAUAAAAAAAGACUUUAACAGAGGAACUACACCAUAUUGAAGCACCUUCACAGCUGCAGCACAAGAUAAGAGGGACAAGUUGCCCUUUCCCACCCUCAUCAGAACAUCUUGUACUCAGUGCAAGCUGAAGGAUGUGAUCAAUGCACCAAUUGUUACCGAAGGGCAAUGAUGGAGAUUUUUCUUUUUUUAUUAUUUUUUUUUAAAAAUAUUUAGUAUUCAAAGUUCCCGUUUCUUACGUUGAACAGAUGUCUGCCAGCACAAAGUUGUAUUUUUGUUUUGUUGAUCUGUUGACAUUUAUAAUAGAUUAGGUGCUUGUAGUAGUUGAAGUAACCUACUAUCUGAGGAAUGGUUAAAAGAUUAUGCAAUGUCUGCAGUUGUUUUCGUGCCUGUGCUCGGCCCAUCAAACCACGCUGAUUCGUGUCACGGGCUGACAUUUUUCUGUGUCUGCGAGUCAAUGGGAAGCCGAUGCAAGCAACAGGCUCUUGUGUAACAGUUUGUUCUUCUGGUCACAACCCGAAUGCAAUAAAAUAAAAUCCUUCAGGGAGAAUAGAAUGCUGUGCGGAUAAAAGACCCUUAGGCGAGCUGAGUGGAAUUAAUGUCAUGAGUAGGCGUUAAAGAAGGAAACACUGAGCUUGCUUGAGGUGCUAUAUAUUAUUUUUCCCUCCUCCCCCACCAACAAAAGUGUCUUUUUUUUAUGGGGAUCUAGGAUAAUUAAGUUGCUGCAUUGUUUAGCUUUUAAUAAAAUGUGAAUAUUUUUGGUAAUAUUUUCCUUAACUUCAUUCAGGUGAACUCUACUUCAUGUCAACUGGCUUCCCAAGUGCCACUUCUGCAACUGGCGUGGUAUAUAAAAUUGUGGACCCUUCAAGGUGAGAGACGAAAUGGUGAUUAAUGAAUUCUGAAACCAAGUUUUUUAUGGAACACUCCAUGAACCAUAAUUACUACAGCCUGCUGUAGUGGUUAUGAAACUAAGAGUGGCCUUGCCCCCUCCCACGGUAAGUAAUCAAACCAUUUGAGAAGGGCUUGACAACUUAGCUGGGGUAUGCCGGGAACCCACUCUCCAGUUCGAAGCUCCUGCACUGAACUAAGCCCAGCAGUACAAGGAGGCACUCACUGGCUGAAAGACCUCAGCUGACACUCUUAGCUUGUGAACUGGCCCUUCAAAGCAGAGUUUAGCUUAGUGGAACUCCUGGCUCCACACGAGUGGAGACAAGCAUCCGGUGGACCCCAGGUAAGUUGUCAAACAAUUCAGUUUAACUACUUACUGUGGGGGUGGGGGGAGGAGGUGCUACGAAACUCCUGGCCAGUACAGACGGCUGUAGUGGUUAUGGUGCUUGGAGUGCUUAGAAUUGAAUCCACCACAAAAACUUAAACUGGAAUUAUUUAUUUUUCUUUUUAUAUAUGUCACCCUUUAUAAAUUAAUGUAAUAUCGCUGUAAUCACACAGCUGCCUUCUGAAAGAAAGCGUAGCCAAGGCAUUCAUGCAAAUUAACAUACAUUUCCCAUGGUUCCUAUUACAUCUCAGGAAAAGUCCACAAACUCAAUGAACAAAGAGUCCCCAUGAUGGUACUUUCAGAACAGCAAGAAUCAUGGAAAACGUAAGUCAAUUUGCAUGAAUUUCUAAAAAUUAUUGACAUGGUAGCUUCAGUCAGUAGAGACUUGUUUGCUGCUUGUCAAAUAAUAUACAACGAUACUUACUGUGAGAUAGUUCAUCUUAUGUGAAAAUAUGAUAUUUUUGUUUUUAAAUAUUGCUUUUUUUUCUGGCUUGUUUUGCAUUUUUUGCUGCAAAUGUCAUAUAAAAAAAAAAAUAUCAUAUAAAAAAGUUAAAUCUCCACAAAGAAAGGCACACACUGGGCUUUUUGAAGAAACGUAUUUGUCUUUAUUCAUAACUCACGGGUUACAGCAAAUCGACGUUUCAGUCAAUCAUAGGACUUUCAUCAGAUCCUGAUGAAAGUCCUAUGAUGGACUGAAACAUCGAUUUGAUGUAAUCCGUGAGUUAUGAAUAAAGACAAAUAAUUUUCUCCAAAUUUAUGUUUUGGCUGAACGAGCACCGUGGCACUUAUACUACAAAUGUGAGUGCAGGAUCAUGGAAUAUAUAUAUAUAAAAAGUUAUGUAUAAUUUAAUAUUUUAAACAAAACCAACACCCUGGCAUUCAAACACCAACAGUCCACACCAAUGCUCAUCUGCAAUUAAAGGCCAACACUACACAGAAAUAUACUGCACACACACAUACAAGCUCCAUACAAAAGCAUGUUUACAUUCAAAUGCCAAAACACUGUUCACAAAUACAACACUGCAAGGAUGGGCAAAUGGUGGAGCCACAGCUUGCAAAAGAUCGUGGGAGUUGUACGACAAUUGAUGAUCCAUCUUUGGAACCCCAAAAAUGUAUUGCGCCUGCUGUGGUAUUGCUAUGGAGCUGUGUCAUACACUCAUAAUUUGUACACAUUAUGUGAGCUUAAUACUGUGGAGAUAUGUGAUCCACUCAUAAAUAGUCUACAUUGCUGGGAGUUUUAAAGUCUCCGACACACUAAUACACACUGCACAUCAGUGUGAGUACGCCUUUAAAUAAAUAGACCAUUUUGUUGUGUGUCUUGUAUAAGAUUAAUUUUUUCCUUUUAACGGAAUAUUAAUGUUUGCAGACACAGAUCCUGGCUCUGUAAUGUACAGAAUUUCUAUGUGAAUGCUAAUGUGUUUGGUUAUUUAGUUCCAAUAAAACAUUAUGAAUCCCUUAUCUACCAUUAUGGCUCAAAUUGUGCAUGGAUGAAAGCCUUAAAUCAUUAAUGUUCUCUAAUUAAGAAUACAUGCCAGAUGAAUAGUUUUAAUAUUCUGUCUCCAGAAUCUCUGCUCUUAAUGUUUGGAAGGCUUUCCCUAAUGCCUCGUUUACAGUAUCCUAGCUGAAACGCUGAGAUCUCCUCUGUGUCUCCACAGGAGAGCGCCGCCUGGUCGAUGUCGUUUCCAUCCUACGCCGGUAAAAGUGAAAAGUGAGACUACCAAGUUUGUCCCAAAAGAAAGUAAGUUUUGAGAAUGUAGUAAAAUGAAAGGUGAAAAUUAGCCAAAUUUGACUCUAUUGACAGUAGGUUGAACCAUAUUUGAUGGAAAACUGCAAGUUCCAAAAUGUGUUUCCAGCCUUAAAGUGGCAUCCCUCACCAGUGCCAAUAAGUAUUUUAUAAAAAUAGAAUCUUGAUAAAAUACUCAUAUUGGCCGUAUGGAAUUUCAUUGAAAUUCACACCCAAGCACAAAAUAUACUGAGACAAAGUAAAGACUACCUUGUCUCAGUACUUUACCUUCGUCUGACAGAAGGAUGAGUUACUUUUGUCAAGAUUGUCAUUUCCCUAAGCCGUCACCAGUGAUGGUUGUAGGGGAAAAAAAUGGUCUUGCGGGAUCCUCCAUAGACCUUAUGUGAGACAGUACAGAACUGAUGUUGGUUCCUGGCAUCUGAGCCAGGCUUUUUCAAGCCCUCAGCCAUCAAACUCGUUGUCUAUGGAGGCUCCUGCAGUCUUGAGGGUUCCUCCAUAGACAUCAGUAUUUAACUCUUUCGCAUAUGCAAAAGUGCUGCACUGACUUGGGCUCCUGGCAGAUGAUCCCAUGUAAGAAGAUGCCAGUGGCCACUAGGGAUAGGUUUAGGUAUGUAAACUCCCCAUGGCCACUGCAAUGCAAAGUAACCAUCAAGGGUCCUCACAAAUUAUGCAAAGUCCCGGAGUACCAACAGUUCCUGUUUUAUUCUGGUCCUGAAAGUCAUUAUAUAAUUUAUUAUAUAUUACAGUAUAUUAUUUUCUUUAACCUCUUACCACCCAGAAUACAUUUUAAUGUUUUAUGACUUCUUGAAGCUGCAAAAGAGUUUAAUAUUUCCUCUGGUUCACUUUAAAAUAUUAUUUCAGUGGUAAUAAUCUAAUUUAACCAAUUUUAGCUUGAUAAUGUUUGUGUAUAUAUUUUAGAUUGGGUUGUACUGUGUUAUUAGGCUGUAAAUAAUAAUAAUAAUUGGUGCCGCCCAAGAGUAGUGUGGGUUUGCACGUGCAAGACUUAAUUUUGUGUUUUUGUAUUUGCUUUUGCCAUACACAGCCAUGUUACAGUGCUACCACACCACAUAUGUUUUCAAAUUAAGGGUAAAUGUGUGGGGGUUCAUAAGAACACUCCUUUCUGUUUCAUAAGAGCUUUUGCCUUUUGACUAAAAGCCCCAACGUAAAUUGUUAGUGUAGGUUUGCCUUUAACAUGGCAGAUAAGCUUACACUUUAAUGGCCAUUAGAGUUAAGCCAAAACUUCGGCUUAUUUACAUGUGCUUAGAAAUUUAAGAUAGUGUGUACAGGUAAUUAUAACAACAACUUGUUUAUUUAGCAUGUGCCUGUGAUUUUAUAAUUUAUGCAUUUUUUGUAGACAUGUAUUCAUUAUCUUACUGUUGUUUAAAUAUAAACUCUGUGUGUUGAUGAAGUAUGUAACAGUAUUGAUUUCUUAAUUUAUAGAACUAAUAAUAAAAACAGCAACUACAAAACGCCCCAAAGUGAAACCUACUGUCAAAACAUCUGGUAAAACGCGAACAACUGCACAACCUCCAGCAAGCUCUACGCCUGACUGGGUGGUGGAGCUUUUGAAGAUACUGAGGUCACCCGACAACUCCAAGGCACAUCUACCCACAACUGCCCGCCCAACCACAAAAAAACCUCCAAGGCCAAAGAAAGGUGGAAAGAGCGGUGAGAAGAGAGGCCAGAAGAGGAAAGACAAAACGAGUGGACAGCAUUCAAGACAAAACUCGUCUGAAGUUCGUAAUGGAGCAGUGAGGUUGGCCAACAACCAAAACAAGCAAGACCGUGGCAGGGUCGAGAUCUUCAUCAAUGGAGAAUGGGGUACAGUGUGUGAUGAUUUAUGGAACUCCAGAGCUGCAGCUGUGGUUUGUCGGCAACUGGGAUUCCCAUAUGUUGUGAAAGCCAGCAAACAAGCAGAGUUUGGAGAAGGACAAUCUCUUCCCAUACAUCUAGAUGAUCUUGAAUGUACAGGGAAGGAGAAGACUCUCCUGGACUGUAAACACAAAGGGGUUGGAAAACACAACUGCACUCACAAAGAAGAUGCUGGUGUUAUAUGUAGUCAUAAAGAAAAUUGAUGGCUUUCAAAUAGAAUGCUUGUAAUUUUUUGGGUAAUGAUGUUCACCUGUAAUCGCAUUGUCUCACUCUGUUCAUCAACAUGUCUGCAUCAUGGAAAAUGUAGACUAAAAGCAUUCACACUCACUCUUUGGUCUAAGGGACUAUGUUAUUGAGCAGCGAUCUACAUCUAUGGUAAUUAACGAUAUAAACACAGUUGUGUUAUUUUUCUCCAAUUUGGUUUUUCAUUUCUCCAGGUCAAUUUGUAACAUGCAGAUUUUAGUACGUACAUUGAGGCUGUAAUAACAUUUAAGGAAUUUAUAAUAACUUUUAAUGCAAUGUAAAUAUCAGUCAAGAAAUGUGUGAAUUUACCUUAAAAUUAUAUUUUUUUUCUGUACUUUUCAUUUGGAUAAAAUUCUCACUGUUUUCAGAUGAUGGACAAACAAAAAAAUGCCAGACACCGUUUAUGGCCUGGGUUUUACACUGUGACUGACAAGUAAACUGAUGGGUUUUAUUUACAAACCAGAAUGUGUGUGAAUUGACAAGGGUAUUGAUUGCAAAUUCUAGACCAAAACAACCUAACUGGAAAAAAGUGGAGUCUGAGCAUAAAGCCUUAAUUUGUUUUGAAAUUAAAUAAUAGAGCUUUUAAUUGGUUUUACGGCAUAGCACACCAAAGGCACCACAUUUUUUUUUGUAAUCUGUAACUUUUUACAAAAAAUUAAAUAUAUGAUUAUUAAUAUAUUUGAGCAGUCACUUUUUAAAAAUGUUUUUGAAAUUGCUGUAUAAAAAUGCUCUACGAUUAAUAAUGCAAACAGAACUGUACCAAGUGAUAGCAUAUAAGAAAAUAAACUAUAUAAAUAACUAACUGAUGUAGAUCCAAUAGAAAUUGUCAAAUAGAAAAGUGUAUAACAUUACCAGUUUGUUAUUCGUGACUGUUGAGUUUGGGAUGGAAUUUCCAAUGAGUUGCGUGUUAACUCUUGUACACAUUGAAGAGCAGAAGUGGAUCAUAGGUCUUUCAAACAAGUUCUUCUGGUCAUAUGUGGAAUUGGAAGAAAGGAUUGUCGUAAAGCCGCUCUUGCAAUCAAGGGCAUUGAUAGGUAACAGAAAGACCUGGGCCAUGAGCCCAAAGCAAAACUUGAUAUAAUAAGAGUGUUGGAUAUGUCAUUAGAAAUUCCUGCUUCUUUAUUUUAUAUCCCUUCCCCUCUACCCAGCCAUGAACAGUGUGAUGCUUAUGCUAUUUAUGAGCUCAAUGAAAGCAUAUACUGCACAACUGGGUAUUUAAUGUGACUCCCCCCGCACCCCACUGUGCUCCCUAACUAAUAUAGGGGUGUGCAGAAAAUUAGUGUUCUCCAGCUACCAACCCCUCCUCACCCUGUUGGUAACAGCUUCCUGAUGUAAAAAGAAAAUGUCAGUAUUAUCUUGCCUCUACACUACUCGUAGAGACGACAGCUAAAGAGUCCCACAUCCACGGCUUCAGCCCUAAAGUCACUCCACUAGCAGCACCUAUGUUUGCAAUCAUCAUGUUAUGUCACAAGACAACAGCAUGUUUAAAAGUUUAACAGCAGAUUUCAAAAUGCAGGAGAAGACUGGGCACUAGGACCAUGCAUGGAGCUCUCUAACAGCGCUCUGCGCAUGGUCUGCUGGAGGAUGCAAGUUGUCAGUCAGCCGGGCCACCCUCUUUAGAAAUGGACAUGCCCAUUUGGCAGGCUGGACCUCUGCUCUCUCGGUUGUGUGAAGUUGGGUCCCUACGGUCAGCACAAAGAAAAAAUUCACUGAGUUUUCUUAGUGCUAUGUUUAUGAUAUUUUGUGCCCUAAAAUUUAAAAUUUGUGCUGCUUUUAGUAUUAUAAUAGCAAUUGUUUUUUUAAGUUGUUCCCAAUUUAAAUAAUGGUCACCCAGUCACCUACAGUAGCCAAGAAAUAUAAAAAAAUACGGGUUGGUUGGUUAGUGCUGCAUUUUUGCUAGUUUCUGGUUUGUGCAACUUAUAUUUCCAUUCUAUCUUAUUUAGUUUUUGAGUUAUUAACGAUUUAAUAAGGUCACCAAAAAUCACCCAGCACUCCUAAGACUACCCCAAAACAUGAAACUGGGCUGGUUGGUUAGUGCUGCAUUUGUGCUGAUAAAAUCUUUAUUUGUGCUGCUUUGUUAUUUUUUUUUAGUUAUAACAGUUUGCUUUUCAGGGAAAAUUACGUAACCUGCCAUCCAAUUGUAAAGUUAAAAUGUGUUUUUAAAAUGUGAAUAAAAAUAUACCAUUAGUGUGUUGCAAAAAAUGAAUAUUUUUGCCUGUUUGGUUUUGGAGAUAUUGCUCAUUAUACAUGAUCAAACUCCACCUACUUUGCACCGAACAUUAUUACAUUUUAAAAUCAAAUAUACCAUGUAUUUGUGCUGAUUUGUGCAGCAAAAAUGAACAUUUG